UCCUGGUGAAAACGGAGACCAGGUAAAAGAAACCGGAAGUGUAAACAGAGGCGACCGAGGCAAACACGAUGGGCAUCUUAAAACUGGCUGAUCUGAUCCGCUCCGAGGCUCCUGCGGCUGUUUCCUUCAGGGAUAUCAGUGACUACGCAGGUAAAGUCAUCGCUCUGGACACCUCUGUGGUUGUGAACCAGUUCCGAGCAGCAACACCCACACUCAGCCCUCUGACAGGUCUGUUCUUCCGUACGCUCACCUUCUUGGAACACGGCAUAAAGCCAGUAUUUGUUUUAGAUGGAAGGCCUCCGGUGGAAAAGUCAGCUGUGCUGAAGAGGAGAGCCGAGGCAGCUGGUUGGAGCAACUUCAAUCCGACUGGCACAGGCACACGCACAGCAUCAACCCAGACCAGGGAUUGUGUGGAGCUCCUGAAGUACCUGGGUGUACCUGUCAUCCAGGCUCCAGGCGAUGCCGAGGCCAUGUGUGCCCGGCUGGUGGCAAACGGGGUGGUGGAUGCAGUGGCGUCAGAGGACAUGGACACUCUACCCUUUGGGGCUAAAGUUCUUAUUCGUCAGCUGAAUGCUAAGAGGAACAGUGCUGUUGUUGAAUACUCGUUAGCAAAGCUGUUGGAGGAACUCCACAUUAGUCAGAAGGAGCUUGUUGACCUCUGUAUCCUGUUGGGCUGUGACUACUGUGACAAGUUACGUGGUUUGGGUCCUAAAAGAGCUUUGACUCUGAUCCAGACGCACCGCACCAUUGAGAAUGUGGUUCUGAACAUCAAUAGAGAGAUGAAUAUGUGUCCUCAGACCCAUCCUGUACCAGAAUCCUGGAAAUACCAAGAAGCCAGGAACGUUUUCCUGGAGGCCCCACAAACCCAGGUCCCUGAACUAACCUGGAUGGAACCAGACGAGGAGGCCCUGGUGAAGAUCCUCUGUCACCUCAAACACCACAGGGAGGGGCGAAUCCGCCAUCGUAUGAAAAUGUUUCGUGAAAGCCGAGAAAGUCGGCGGGAGAAGAGGGAGCAGCAGAAUGCAGCAGGGUGUCACCGGCAGACCCGGCUGGGAGAGUUCUUCAUGGUCACCAGAAAGAGAAGCCAAGCUGUGGAAGUUGGAUCAUCAUUAGGUGCAAACACAAAGAGACCAAAAGCAGAGUAAGAAGAAAUUCAUCGUCGUCUCCAGAAUCCACCGGGGAUCUUCCAAUAAGAAUCUACUUGUUGUGACUCCAUUAUAAUCAUAUGAAUUCUGAUCUUAGAUAUUCUGUUGUUGCUCUACAUGUUUUAGGGUUGGAUCAAAAAACGUUGAUCGCCUGGAUAUUAAAAUCAUGACAGCUACUAUUGAAUAGCUGAUUGACUAAAGUUUCAACAUUAUGUAAAAACAAACUUCUGUGAGAAAACAGCUGGACUAACCCGCCAUCGUGAUCUUAUGUGGCUGAGCUGGUCUCAGUUCAUCCUGCAGGUUUCUGUUGCGGCUAGGAGGGCUUUAAUGAGAGAGAACAGCGUAAUCAUUGUUGGAGAGACCUUCCUAGAGCCAAAACCAGAGACGAGCGACGUCUCCUAAAUAGAUAUUCAACCAGCACCUGUUGUGUGACUUGAGCCAAGGCAGAGACCAAAACAUGAGCAAAUGUUUCAUAAAGCUCUAAAAAGGAAGUGAUACAACUUUACCCGUGUCACGAAGAGGUUAAAAAGCUCAACUGGCUUUUCUGUAUUUGUAUGUGUAAAUGCUUAGUUUUCAUAUUAAACCCGAGUCUGUUGGUUGUGUGACUUAAUUCACUCUAGAAAGGUUUCCAUUGGGUCAUUUUUUCUGAGUUAUUCCCAAUAAAUCUAAAGUUUUGAAAUGUU